AUGACGCUUCCCAGAUUGAACCCUGGCAUUAUUAUAUUGCGCUCCAAACAGUUGGCAAAUGUUCCGGUAUUAAAUGAUAGAAGUCGUCGGAGUACGAAAGAUAAAUCACAAAUCGGCCAUGUCCUUUGCAGGUUGCCAUCCACCAAGCGACCUGCCUCGGUAGGCAGCCUGGGUGGUGAUCAAGCAGCCUCUAGUAACAACAGUUGCUCGCAGUUCGCAGACGCCGGCUGUGGCGAUCAUCUACUGAACAACUACUUGAGCCGGUCGAUUCACGCCCUUUUCUACCACAAAAUUUCGGUAUUACGCAACGCGUAUGGCCUUCGCUACCUGGGUAGUUGUGACCUGCUGCUGUGGCGAAAAUGCGGUGAUGCUAUAGGGUAG